UUGUGCUUUUCACAGUCUAAUUUUCGACCUUAGCAGCAAGCUUUAGUUGCUUAUUGAUAUCAAAAUAUAUAGGUAUAAAUUAUUUAUAUAUUUAUAGUACAAAAGCUCUGGGCCGUCGGAGGCUGAGGUGAUCACUGAUAGGAAAGACAGGCUGAGAGGAGAGCUGUUGGUAGCAGUUCCCGAGUCAUUCUGUUGAGUCAGCUGCGCGUCUCUCCUCGUGACCGCGCCCACCUUUCACCAUGUGGCCGGUGCUAAUGAACGUUCUGAGGACUUACGCACCCAUCAUCACGCUGCCCGCGGCGGCCGUGAUCGGGUUCAUCGGCUACAACCUGGAGAGUCUGUUCGACAGGAGCACACCAGCGCCCCUGGAGGGUAUCAAAGACAGAAGAGAGGAGCGCAGGCUCGGUGACGGUGCAGCUCCCCCGGACGCGCUCAAGGACCGCUCGUUCGUGCCGCGAACCGUGUUCGAGAAGAACGUAUCACCCACGCUGAAGCCGACCUGAGGCUGUCGAAGAGGUACGGUGGUCUGCCGGAACGGUGGAUAAUGCAGGUGGGCUGAGUACGUCAUCGUGAUACGUUACAGUCUGAUGGUCGGGUAUUUUUGGGGAGUUUUACUGUGCCUGAUGGAGAGAGUUCAGUUGUGUGGAGUGUAGGAGUCACAUGCUUUGCCGUUUUUGGUAGAGUUGAAUGCCGCGCCGAACGUUUUCUUGUUAGGAAAAUGCGUGCCUGAUUCGUGUCUUUUCGUCUCCCAGCCGUUUACUCCACUUGGCUUAAUGGGGACAGAGAGACAGUGCUGCAUUAAAUACAAUUUUGUGAACAGGCUCAUUGAUGUGCAAUGUGACAAUGAUAAGGAAUAAAUAUUGUGUGUAACUGCU